AUGAAGCUGACUCUUCUCUUCUUCCUUCCAGUAGCUCUGGCUGCGAAUUGCUGGCCUCCCGCUCCGAAUGCGGGCGAUUCUGGUCGUUGCUACUGGGGUACAAGCGCCUUUGCUGCUUGCGCUGCAAGCUCUCCAUGCACUGGCAACGGAAAACCAUGCACACUUCUUGGAGGCGGAGUUGCAAGCUGCACAUAA